AUGUGCAUAGAAACAAACCUAGAGUCAAAAGCUUUUUGUGCAUUGAAUGAAACUGAGUCUAUCCCUAAACAACUGCAAUUUACAAGCAUCUUUAUCUCCUUCACUGGACAAUGGAAAGGUCUGUUUAGAGGUGUUAGGCCUUUAAUUGGUGUAGAUGGGACCCAUCUCAAAGGUAACUAUGGGGGGGUAUUGCUCUCUGCUGUGGGAAUAGAUGGAAAUAAUGAGAUCUUCCCCAUUGCAUAUGUUGUAGUUGGCCAAGAAGACAAGCAAUCAUGGACAUACUUCUUUUGGCAUUUGUUGAACAUUGUGAAAGACUCAUCAAGGGAGCAUUGGACCAUUAUUUCUGAUAGGCAAAAGGGAGUUGAACUUGCAUUAGAACAAGUCUGGCCUAAAGCUGAUAGGAGGUUUUACUGUAGGCAUCUCAGUAGAAACUUCAAGAAACUUUUUCCAGGCCCUAUGAUGUAUGUUCUCUUUUGGAGAUCUUGCAAUGCAUUUUCAGUUUUCACAUUUAGGAAAGCUAUGGAAAAGUUGCAGAAAGUAGGAGGUGAUGAUGUCAUGUCUUGGUUUGCAGACUUGGGAGAGCAAUCUAAAUGGAGUAAGCAUGCAUUUGACCCAAAUGUUUGCAAUGACUCCAAUACCUCUAAUUUUGUAGAGAGCUUCAACUCUACACUUGGGGUGAAUAGGUGUAGGCCUAUUUUGACUUUGCUAGAAGGAAUAAGAAGGGUUUGUAUGGUGAGAAUUGCAACAAGGAUGGAGAAUGCAAGGUCUUGGAAAGAUGAAGACAUUACUCCUAAAAUUGUGAAGCUAGUGAAAGAAAUAGGUGUGCCAUGUAGGCAUGCCAUUAGGGCCUGCAUUGAUGCAAAGCUUGACCCACAUGACUUUGUCAGUUCCUGGUAUUUUGUGAAGACUUAUAGGCAAGCUUAUAGUGUCUGCAUUAACCCAAUUCCUGACACACAACAAUGGCCUGCAGAUGAGUCAGGUACAAUCAUCAUGCCUCCUAAGAUGAAGAGGGGAAUUGAAAGACCAAGUAGGAAUAGAAAGAGGGAGAAAGGUGAAGAGCAACCUGGUGAUAUACGUGUUUUAUACAAUGAGAGGUACGCGAUAAGCCUAUCACCUGGAAAAAGGUCCAAAACAGUCAAAUGUAGCAAAUGUGGUUGCUUUGGCCAUAAUAAGACAACUUGUAAGGGAGGCUUAUCUGGGAAAGAACUGAAGUCAAAUGAGCCUCUUGUCAUAAAAAAUCCUAGGGUCAAAGACCAAAGCAAUGCAGCAAAGGCAGCUAAGGCAGCAAAGAAAUCUGAAGAAGUUGGAUCUCAGUCUGCAGCUUCAUCAAACAACCAAAGGGAAAGAAGGGCAGACCCUCAACUGAGCAAGCAACAGUAUUGA